AUGAGCACAGCAAGAUUCAUUAAGUGUGUUACAGUUGGUGAUGGAGCUGUGGGAAAGACUUGUAUGCUCAUCUCUUACACUAGCAACACAUUUCCCACGGAUUAUGUUCCUACAGUUUUUGACAAUUUUAGUGCAAAUGUGGUGGUUGAUGGCAGCACAGUUAACCUGGGAUUGUGGGACACUGCUGGACAGGAGGAUUACAACAGGCUUAGGCCAUUGAGCUAUAGAGGAGCAGAUGUGUUCUUGCUGGCCUUUUCUCUCAUCAGCAAAGCCAGCUAUGAAAAUAUAUCAAAAAAGUGGAUUUCUGAACUGAGACAUUAUGCCCCGAGUGUGCCAAUUGUACUUGUGGGAACUAAACUUGAUUUGAGGGAAGACAAACAGUAUUUGAUCGAUCAUCCUGGUGCCACACCUAUAACUACUGCUCAGGGAGAAGAAUUGAAGAAGGCAAUUGGUGCUGCAGUGUACAUAGAGUGUAGCUCAAAGACUCAGCAGAAUGUGAAGACCGUGUUUGAUGCUGCAAUCAAGGUUGUCUUGCAGCCACCUAAGCCAAAGAAAAAAUCAAAGAAGAACAACAAAGCUUGCGUUUUCCUCUGA